AAGUUCUUCCACGUUCACCCAGAGUAACAUUUCUACCAUGUACCUAGGACUCGUCAUUACUCAAGCACAGCUAGCUAUAGGGGACCAGUCAGAAUACCUUAUGUAGUCACGUACAGAACUAUAGCAGUUGUCGAGCAAACCUAGUUGUCUGUAACAUCUCCGGUGUGGCUGUUGCCGAUGCCUUCGACCGUUCUUUUGACUUCUUCCUUCCGACAUCCCAGUAACUCACCACUUCGCGAUGCCCUAGUUGCUGCGCUGGCUCUACCGUUUGUACUGGUGGAAUGUUAUAUCAUUGACAACGUCCUUAUCUCUGAUCCUAUGUUGUUGAUACUCAUCAUCUCAUCGACUCACGCUUGAGCUCUUAUUUUACCCAGGUCCAAUCUUACUAGAAGGGAUCUCCCCUACAUUCACAUUGGAAUAUGGGCAACGAUUUUUGCAGGGGUAUUUGCCAGGGUCUGAGAUGCGAUAUCAAAGAUGUAAACUUUUUUGAUACGUACCCUCGUCCCAAGAAAUGGCAAUUCUGAGAUCAAAUCGGCUUCCUGAGUUGUUGAUACCUGAAUGUUAAGUCAUCAUCUAUCGAUCUGAUCACUGAGCUGUCCAGACGGGAUUUCGGUGCAAUGGGAGUUUGAGACAGUAGACUAGAUUAUCCUUGAAUAUGGGCAACCGGUUCACGUAGGCCUUUCACUGGCACGCUGCGGUAUUGUAAGUGUUUUUGCCUAAUGGAUAAGAGGGGGUGUCCAACCUCCGUGGUUGUACCUCCCCACAUACUUGUAAACGCUAGGAGAUCGACCCUGCAGCUACGAUGAUCCAACUCCUUAUGAAGCUCUUUCAUUCACAGCGCUUCAGCAUUCACCGACCUAUGUUUGCAUAUCUCGAGAUCCUCUGUGCAGGGUCCUCGUCCUCCGUCAAGCAUUUAUAUGGGAGGCUUGGACUCGUAGUCACUAAGGUUCUCCUACCAGCCAUGUCCACAUCUCUUUGGUUCACACCUGCAAUCGCGCAGCAGUGUCGGACUGCAAUGUAUAUUGCUUUGGCGGUGGUCACGGCAUGGUUGUAUGACUUUGUGUUGGCGAUUCCAGAAGAAGUGCGCAUGUUCAUGGAGACCCCUGUUACAUUAGCCGACAUAGCUUAUAUCUGCGCACGUUUUUUUACCGCUGGGUGUGUAUCUGGGACACUCAUAUUCGCCGUAUCUUCUUCAAAUCUUUGUAACACCCUUCUUGCUGUGGUGACAUGGUUUGGAGCGCUUGCCUUACCAUCUAAUUCUCUGCUCUUCUUGAUUAGGGUCAAAGGAAUCUUCCACAAUUCACGGUCGGUCGUUAUACUAUUCGGACUACUUUGGACGACAACAUUCCUGUCUUUUUCCGCGCCCUUCAGUUAUGUGGCCAAUAACGAAGAAGCCCUUGGUGUAGAAUGGUGCUGGGUACCCAGAAUCAGUGCACUCGGUUCGGCACCAUUUAUCGCUUUAGCUAUAUUUGAUACUGCCGUAUUCAUUGCCAUCUCUAUGCGAGUCAUAUCGUACAGUCCGGCUCACACAUGGAACGAGAAGUUCAAGUCGUUCAUUUUUGGAAAGAAUCUUGGGCACAUUUCGAGAGCGCUCCUUCGGUCUGGCCAGCUCUACUAUAUGGUUACCGUCACCAUCAACAUAUGUAUCGCGGCCGUGGUUCUUUCUCCCUCAAUCUCGCCAAUCAUCUCCGCCACAACCGCGAUUGUCAAUAUUGCUUUGCAGAACAUCAUGGCAUGCCGUGUAUUCCGGCUGCUGAAAUUUGGACUCAUCGAAGACGAUUCUUCCGCGCCUACAUUCUUUCAAAUGCACAUUUCACGAAAGGCUGCGCAUCUGAGUCUGCUUGAGAUGUCCUCAAGUGAUACCAUACAACAAUGCACUAUGGAUAUGGAGGGUAUGGAGGAUGAACACGAUGUCUCUGUGGUCGUUUCAUCGGGGAACCGGGCUUUGCGGAGUGCCGCACCAUUAGCUCCCGUGGAAAUUUCAAUCACACAGGAAACGGAGGUCGUUGUUGAUGCAGUAGAGGGGUCUCAAUUGGGCGACCAUGUCUAGAUGGAAACGAUGAUCUUUGAAAGAUUAUGAAUAUAGUAGCAUCUGUCCUGCACCGCUGUUCCUCGGAGAUCUUCGGUGUUGAACCAUGAUGCUUCUUGUAUGGACUUGCUUCCGCUCAGACAUGGCUACGUUUUGAAGGAAUAGAUUGCUGAAGUAAGUAUUACAAGUUCUCAUAAGCAG